AUGAUUAUUCCAAAGUCACGUCGACCUCCUGUAAUCAUUAGAGAUGGUCGACAAAUUAAACCUAAUCCUCUACCUUGGGAAUUGAAAAUUUCUAGAGAGCUUUUACUUGGCAAAGUUAAAGUUUUGAGUCGUAUUGGCCUUGAAAAAAUUCCAUGUCUUCAUGUUAGACUUUAUUGGGCUUUGGAUCCUGAAGAAAAAUGCAAAUUGGGUGAUGUUGUUAUUAUUCGAAAACUUCCUGAAGAGAAAAGGAUUGCUUCUACAGUCCCCUAUUUGAUUGAAAAAGUUGUUUUUGAACAUGGAGCACGUGUGGAUCUUCUCAGCAAGAAACGUAAUUUUGAAGGAAUUUAUGAGGAUGAAAUGAAUAUUCGAAAACAGCUUGUUGACGAAGUUUAUAACGAGCCAUUAGCUGAGAAAACACUCUCCUAUGACAAGAAAAGAAGUUUAAUUAAGCAAAGAAUAAGGCAAAGAUUGAAUUUGUUGAAAAAUGAUGAAAAUUGA